AUGGACGAGAAUGCGCUGAUCGCCCGGGCGAAGGAGGAGCGGGAGAAAAUUUUCCUACGCUACGAAAAGGGCCGGGAAGGAGGCGCCGAGAUUGACCCGUGGGAGGACCCACAGUUCGAGGUCUACCAUCAGACCGAUAGGUAUGGAUUCAUACACGACAAACGCCUACCACGAAAGCGCGAUCCGCACGAAGCCAAAGCGACGGAGAUCGAAAUGGAGCGUGUAAAGAAGUGGCUGAAGAUGCUGGGCAAAUCCCCAAUAGACACCCUACCGCCCACCAAACCCAUCAAACGGGCCCUCCAGUGGGAGGAUCGUGCGGUACAGGUGAAGGUACGGAAGCGGGUCUACAAGGGCAUCCCGGAGAAGGUCCGCCGGCAGGUGUGGUGCAAGCUGCUCAACCUUAAGGAGGUUAUGGCCGGUAACCAGGAUAAGUACCGUGAGAUGCUACUGUUGGCCCGCCAGUGGAGCACCGAGGCCCGGCAGAUUGAUUCGGACGUCAAUCGGCAGUUUCGCGAGCACAUCGACUACCGGGAGCGUUACAGUGCGAAGCAGAAAAGCCUCUUCAACGUGCUGGUCGCAUACAGCAUGUACAAUUCCGAGGUUGGCUACUGCCAGGGCAUGUCGGGAUUGGCCGGAGUGUUGCUGAUGUACAUGGAGGAGGAGGAAGCAUUUUGGGCGCUCAGUGUCCUGCUGGCCGAUAAGAAGUUUGCAAUGCAUGGACUGUUCAUUGAAGGCUUCCCCAAGUUGACCCGCUUUCUAGCGCAUCACGAUAAAAUAAUAACCAAAUUCAUACCAAAGCUAAAGAAACACUUCGAUCAGUACAAUCUCGACUCGAUCCUGUACUCGUUGAAGUGGUUCUUCGUAGUUUUCAUCGAACGGAUACCGUUCAGCUUAUGUUUGCGCGUUUGGGAUGUGUAUCUGCUCGAUGGCGAAAAGGUGGUCACUGCCAUGGCCUACAAUAUACUGCGCUUGCAUAAGAAUCGCAUUCUCAAGCUCAAAGAUAUGGACCUCAUACUGCAAUACAUUCAGACCAAACUGUACGAGGAUUUCGGGUACGAUGACGAUUUUGUGCUCAAAAAUCUCGAACAGUGCAUGGAAGAGUUGCGGAAGGCCGGUCUGGAGCUACCGCCACCGGCCAGCGAAAUAGAGCUGCCGAAGAAACCGUUCGGCGUGUUCGUGGAACCGACUACCGAGGCCAAGAUCGGUCGACGGAAGCAAGAGUUCACCGAAACGGAAAAAGAUGUUACGGAAGCGGUUAAACUUAAGCGUGAAAUUACGGAACAGGAAAUUGCCACCCUCAGCCAAGUUGCAACAACAUCCGGUGGUUCCAGCCAACAUCUUAAUACUGUGCACAUUCCAGAGUCGGAGGAUGGCGGUUCGCUGCUGGGCAGUUCCCGUAAAUCGCUUGCCGACACCUCGGUCACGUCGACCGCCGAUCUGAGUGUCCUGUCCGGUGGCCAAAGUCAGCGAUCGCACCAGGCGUUCGAUUUCUACGUCGAAGAUCAGAAAGUGAUCCCCAGCGAGGACGAAGGUGACGGUGGCGAAAGCAGUCCGGUAUCAAAGCGAACUCAGUCUUCGGCAUCCGCGAAGAUGCGCGGCGAGGCCCCCGUUGGCCGUUCCUCCACCGCCGCCUCCACGAAGAGGCAAACGAAGCUUAGAAGUGCCGCUUCUGCCAUCGGUUCCACAAGCGUCGUAGAGCGUAGCCCGUCAACGCUGCAACUAAUGACACCGCGGGCCAUGUCACCGCAUGAUGUCGUGCGAAUCUACGUGCCUCCGGCACCACCGGAAGAGCAGCAAAUGGCAGCCGCAAUCGCCAACGGUCGGCCGACGAUCGAUCGACGGAACGGUGAACGUGGCACGGCGUCGAACCAACAGCACGCCCGACGACCCGAUCGAUCGUCAAACGGCGAUGGCCCAUUCGAAGGGACGGUUAACGACGACGACGACGACGAUGACGAAGGUGAAUCUCAAACAAGGCGCAACAGUGAAAUUGAUCUGUACCUGCAGCAGCAAUCGGCUCCCAUGACCGGGGGACCAUCGGCACACGCUAGUGGACGGUACUGCAGCGAGUACCCUAGCGGCGACUUCCAAGGCUUACCGGCGGCGGCGGCAUCAUCAGUCACGUCGUCGACGCAGCAUUACGCCUCGAACGGUCGCUCCAGUUCGUCGUCCCGGCGGGGUAGCAUGUCGCGUAAAUCGCCCGCUCCGAUGCUGGACAGCGAGUUCAUCAUCGAGUGUAGUCACGUGAAGAACCGUAAGUACGUUCCGGACCAUCACAGCAGCCAAAACAGUCUGGUGCUGGGUGGAGCAGCAGCAGUACCGGGCGGAAGUCGGAAUGGCUCGGAGAGCAACAUCCACCGGAUGACGUCGUUCGAAGAGUUGGCCAAAGCAAAGCUACAGCAGCAUCUGUCGGGCAGCGGCAGCAGCAACAGCCUGCUGCGAAUCACUUCCGAUGAGCACUUCCAGCGAAGAACGGCGAAGUUGAUCACCGGUGCCGGCGGUAUGUCAUCGAUGAGCCGGAUGGCGCGGAGCGAAAUGUACGAUUCUAUCGACCGCGGUCAGCAACGGGGUGACGAACGACGCGAGCUGCAUGCCGGAGUCGACGGUUCGAUUCCGUCUCGCAUAAGCUCCCGGGGACACAAGAGUGACUAUAACAUCCAGUACCGUAACCUGUCGCCCCAGUUGGGUCCGGCUUCACCGUUCAGCGACGGUGGCACGGGCGACGGUGCAACGACGGAGUGGAGCAGCGGAGGAGGUGUCGAGUAUCGGGCAUUCAAGGGCUCGUCCCGACAGAACAGUGGUAACGAUGAUAGUUCACCGUUCGAUUACGACCCCCUCUUAGAUUGUGGUGUUCCUUCGAAGCGCUACAAUCGGUUCUUCAAUAACGACGAAGAAGAUGAGGAAGAGGACGAAGAGAGGCCCGCAGUAGCGCUGGACGAAACCAACGGGGGACGAAAUGCCGGACCGCACCGUGCCCGUGAACGGCGAGACGACGAAGAUAAACUGUUGGGCAAAUCGUCGGAUGAUUCAUCGACGAGCCCACCGCCAAAUGGAAGCUUCCGUCCUUCGCAGUUACCGCAGUAUAACCGCAGUACACCCGGCAGCCAGGCGGGUACCGGCAGUCAGGGACGGCAGCAGCGUCCGCGACAGCGUCAACCGCAACAGAACGGAAGCAACACACCGACGAGUGAAACGGUUCCGCUCCUCCCGGCCUCCCCAACGGAUGGGUCGGCGUCCCCUGGGAGUACCUUUUCCUCACGCCGAAUGCACCCUUCCACUGGUUCUUCCAUUCCCAUGGCCGCUUCCUCGUCCAUUCCCGUUAGCAGCGCAAAGCGCAAGCAAUCGACCGACAGUUCGUCGAGCCACCGCCGGCGAGGUUCGAACGCAUCGGGCAAACAUUCGCAGCAAGCAGCCAUCGCGUCUCCACCACCACCACCGUCCGUUGUCAACCAGUCCCGCAUUCCGGUCGGUAUGAAAUCGCCCACUUCCCCGCCCGGCUCGUUGCAAGGCGUGUCCCCAACCACCGAUAGCCGGUUGCCGCACUACCAAUACGGCGGUCCUACGUCGCCAGAGGAACUGCGUUCGCCCACGUUGGGCUCGUUUUCGUCCGGCACGGGAAGCGCGUACUCGUCGCGGCUCGGAUCGUCCCGCUCGGCGCACCAGAUACAGUCCGAUGCGAACAAAAUACGUAUACAAAUCAAUCCCUCCCAAUCGUACACGACGGGCUAA